ACUGCUGGAAGUGAACAAGGGAAACAAGAGGACAGAAAGAAAGAACAAAACAACCGAAUAAGCCAAUAAGAAGCAACGCAACUUAUUGGCCUGAAAUGGCUGGAUUUCUGAAGACACGGAAACGCAGCCGGGAGGACGACCUGCCUUGCGAGUCCACGCCCCUCUCGAAGCGCAUUAACAACCUGCACCUGAACUACGACGACGGUAACAGCAGCAGCAGCAGCAGCUGCAGCAUUCCGCCCCUGCCAGGAGGAGCUGGUGCCCCCGAGACAGCCGGAACCGGAGUCGCGGCCGGGUACGAGUACAACCCGGAGUUGGGUGCCGAGCAGAAUCCGUACUACUACGAGAAGAACAAGAUGCUGUACGAUCUGCACGUGGAGCGGAUAAAGCGUAGCACCCAGUAGCCCGGAAACCCAGAAUCCCGGAGUCCUGGCACUAGCCAUUCAAGUGCCAAUCCGAGUUUUCUACGACACCAACACUUUGUAGUCCUAAUUUUAGAAUAGAUCGCGUCCGCUCAUAUUAUUGUGUCCACAGAUCUGGAGACGGAGUCCCUCAGCACUUGCAUUUGUGUGAUAAACAUAGUUUACUUGCAGAGCAUCGGAUGCGGCAAUAAUACUACUAGAAAUCGAGCCAAGAUUUCCCCAAGCACGCACAUAUAGCCUAAGUCGUCUAUUUAUUAAGCGGGACUGUUAGUAUACUAAGCACAACCCGAAUUAUCUUUUUUUUUUAAGUUAUGUACCCAAUAGAAGGAAAAGCUCUGCUUUCAGUAGAAAUAUGAUUCCUUAUCGGAGGCUAGUGUGGGAUCGGAUUGGGUCAUUUGUUGAGUUACUGGAGGUGGAUAAAUAAGCUACAGCGACCUGAAAAUAAACACGAUGUGCUAUUUUCUAAA